UUAACAGAUAAUUUAUUGUUUUUUGGUUAGUAUAUUUGGGUUUUGUUGAAAAUGGAGCCAUUAGGAGAAGAUGACCUAAGUCAAUUAAAGGAAAUUUUCGCAAGGUUCGACAUGGAUUCCGAUGGUAGCCUAACGAUUCUAGAGCUUGCGGCACUGCUAAGAUCGAUUGGGAUCAAGCCAUCAGGUGAUCAAAUCCAUGUUUUGUUAGCCAACAUGGAUGCCAACGGCAAUGGUUCGGUUGAAUUUGAUGAACUAGCCAGUAUAUUGCCUGAACUUACAGGAGAAAUAUUGAAUAACCAAGAGCGAUUAACGGAGGUGUUUCAAUUGUUUGAUCGUGACGGCAAUGGAUACAUCACCGCGGCGGAGCUAGCUGGUUGCAUGGCCAAAAUGGGAUAUCCAUUGACCUAUUCAGAGCUAACUGAGAUUAUUAAAGAGGCUGAUUCCGAUGGGGAUGGUGUCAUUAGCUUCACUGAAUUUUCUUCUAUAAUGGGAAAAUCAGCCCUGGAAUUUCUAGGUAUUAGUCUGUCAUCAUGACCCUAGAUUUGAGUUUUUCCUCUCUUUUUUCUUCUGGGGAUUGUUGUAGGAACCUAAUCCCUCGGUUAAAUGUUUGCUAAUAUUUCCAAGAACAAUGUUCCAGGCAAAUUGCUUCGUUUGAAGGGCCACAUGAAACCACUUCUUGUUACCCCUUAUCUCAAGGUCUAUGUCAUCUUUUCUUGUCUG